ACGGUUUCUACUCUCUCGAUUUCUCUAGUUUUCUAUUUGCUCUCUAUCUCUUUGUCUCGGUAGGAAACAUUAUGCCGUCGUCAAGCACAAACGCGUCUGAGUCCACAAUGAAGAAAGGAACAAAACGAAAAAUCGAAAUCAAGAAACGAGAAACCAAACAGCAACGAGCCGUGGCUUGCUCUAAACGCCGUCAAACUGUGUUUUCCAAAGCGGCCGAUCUCUGUCAUCUCUCCGGAGCCAACAUCGCCGUCUUCGUAACCUCUCCCUCAGAGAUCACCGACGUUGUUUACUCCUUCUCCGGCUACUCUCCUGCCCAAGAGAUCGCUGAUUGUUACCUAAAUCGCAAGCCACCUCCUAAGAUUGAUGUUAAAGCCCAAUCGACGAAGCUAGGGUUUUGGUGGGAAGACCCUGAUCUAUACAAUUCUUGUGAUGAUCUCUCUGAGUUAAACAUCCUCGAGGAUCGUAUAGAGAGAGUGAAGAAGCAUGUGUUGGCUUGCCUUGAGAAGAAAGAAAAGUCGCAACCUCUUGUUGCUAACAACGAACAAAAUCCUAUCACUGACGAGGAUUGUGAUCGAGUAAGCUUGGAACACGUUCAACAAAGAGGAGCUCUCAUAAGCCUUUAAUGUUGUGGACCUAGCUCCCUCUAUUUCAGGGUUUGAGAACAGUUACCCUGAAAUAAGACUCAUUGAUUCUAGCAAUGGAUGAUUAAGAGAUAGAGGCACUUGAAGAAACUUGGUACUCGUUUGUUUUAAGUCUGUACCACAUGAUUUGUCUGCGAGUUUCCUUGAGUCUUUCUUGUUUUUAAUCUUCUUGUCUCUUGAUUUUUCCUUUGACAGUGAGUAACUUGUCAUCUUUCUGUACACUCAACCAAAAAAUAAGAAAAACAAAAUUCCAUUGGGGAUAUUGUAUAGCCCCAAAAGCUUAGUGAAGUUUUGUCCUCCGUCGGAUAUUGAAGAAUUUGAACAGAGAUUUGGGUAAUGAGUUCAUGACUGCAGAGUCAGCCCGAAAGAUGGUUAAGCUUAAAAGCUUUUGACAACACAUCUGAAGCUCUUGAAGCUGUGGCUAAAUUGCUUGAGGGAACUCCAAGCAAGGGUCUACGCAAGUUUUUGAAAGCAAACUGUGAUGGUGAAACCUUAGCUGUUGCUGAUUCAAAGCUUGGAAAUAUUAUCAAGGAGAAGCUGGUUGUUUCUGAUAUGCUCUUUCAUUUAUGAAGAUAUGGGUUGUUUCUUACGGGUUUGCUUCACUUUUGUAGACAAUUGACUGUGUUCACAACAAUGCUGUUAUGGAGCUUUUAUGAGGUGUCAGAAGCCAGCUUACUGAACUUAUAUCUGGAUUGGGGGAUAAUGAUCUCAGAUAGUUAGUGAUGUUGGCUCCGUUACUUACUUACACCCCUACUCGGCCAAGGAUGUGAAGUGAAGACAUCUUAUUCGUUUGUCAAGCAGUUUAGCAGACAAGACUACAAGAGAAUGUUAAGUAAAGAAGAUCUCAACCGUGUAAGUAACUUGUAGUACUAACGUAACGUACGAUGAUGAGCUUUGUAAUCAAUCAUAUCCAAACCAUUAAAUUGACGAUCCAUUGGAAAAUAUUAGAAGUGGUAAAAAAAUAUGUUUUGUAAGUGUGAAGUGACUCUUAAACGUUUUUGUGUCCUAAUUAAACAAAUUCAUGUGAAUUCGCCCA